CACCGUAGUUAAUGCAUGGCCCGCAAGGAUCAUGUUGAAGGUGACAGGUAGUGCAAUGCCGGGGGCUUUGAGUCUGUUACCGAUCACCGUCGUUGCUGCUGCCGGUGACGGGGAAAAAGACGCGACCACGCCGUUACAUCUGGACGACCUGUCUCUGUACACCGCUCCUCCGCAGAAGUCUCUGUAUGUGGAGCCCGAAGCGGGUCAGCUGGAGCAGAGUGUCGCCACCCUCAGGAAGCGAGUUGAGCCAUACACGGCCUGGUGCCAGGGCACCUAUGACAAAAUUAAACCCACAGUUCAAAGUGUCAUCCAGUGUGGGAAUGACACCUACAGCUACUUCAAGAACCCUCCGAAGGACUUCUAUCCCCGGGCAGGAGUCAUCGGCUUCACCGGUGUCCUGGGACUGCUGCUCGCCAGGGGCUCAAGGAUAAAGAAACUCAUCUACCCGACCGGCCUGAUGACCGUGAGCGCCUCCCUCUACUACCCGGAGCAGGCUUCCGCCAUCGCAAAGUCAACCGGGGAGUCCGUGUACGACUUCGCCGUGCAGGGCUACGCCGCCGCGGAGAAGAUGCUGAACCCCCAAAGCAAAAGUGAAAAGGCCACCGACUCAGAAACUAAACCCUGACGACCCCAGGGUGACUCUGCAGCCGCUCAGCAAUAAGAAACCAGCAGCUUUUGCCUGAUACUGUAGUUUGAAGUGAGCCACCAAGGCCGGCUGUGAUCUGUGUGACUUUCUCAUGCCCACUUUUUGCACUAAGCUUCACAUGUAUCUCAGGCCGGGCAUGGCCUGUCACAAGCGGGUUUGCAACUUGAAUGAUUUACUUCAGCUUCUGAUUUGAAUGUAUAUUUAUGUAGAGAAUUAAUAAAAAUCAACUUGUCUUACA